AUGGAGUUCGACGAGGUUCUAUAUACUCCAAUCAUCGACAGGAUUCUAAAGGCUGGCGAUUUAGCCUCCAUCUCGUCUAAGGAUGUCCGUAAAGCUCUUCAGAAGGAGCUUGGUUACGACAUCACCGACCAGAAGGCCGAAAUCUCAGACCUCAUCCGAAAGCGCUUUGACGAGAUCCUAGAAGAAACCGGCCCGGAAAAUGUCCAACCUGUCAAACAAGAGACAAAUGGUUAUGACGCUGUUAAGAAAGAAGAUCCCGGAGCCUCUCCGUCCAAAAAGCGCAAGUCAGUAGCUAGCCCGUCGUCGUUGGAAAAUGACGCUCGUUUAGCUGCCAAAAUGCAAGCCGAAUGGAACUCACAGGACCGUCCUUCUAGAUCUACGGCUGUCAAACGUAAAGUUGUUGCCCCGAGGAAGAAGAAGAAGAGUAGUGCCACCAUUUCCGACGAUUCCGGUGUCGAGGAAGGUGGAGAAAAGAAGAAGAAGCGGAAGAUCAAUGCAAACAAUCCGUUCCACCAACCUCUCAUCCUUUCGCCACAGCUAUCUACUCUUCUUGGUGAAACACAACUAUCACGCCCAGAAACAGUAAAGCGUAUCUGGGCCUAUAUAAAACAAAACGAUCUCCAAGAUCAAAACGACAAACGCUACAUCAUCUGCGACGAAAACCUUCGAACUGUUUUCCCGACCGCCAAGGUACAUAUGUUCACAAUGAACAAGAUCUUGAGCGGGCACUUAUAUCCUAUGAAUAAAGCGGACAAUAUUGCUGACGUGAAGACCGAAGAUAUCAAGAGCGAGGACUUUGCAUCGUCGCCUGUUUCGGCGGCUUUUAGCCACCAAGGCUCACCGUCUAGCUUAGAGUCAGAAGCUUCGUGA